AGACACCAUUCCAAAGUCUGGAAAACUCGUGUGCUGUGGUAGGAAUAACAUGAAGAGCUUCAUCGCGUAUCCGGAGACCUCGGAUUUUCCUAUCGAAAAUCUGCCAUAUGGAGUUUUUUCAACUUCCGAUAACGAUACUCAUCGGAUUGGGGUGGCAAUUGGGGACCAGAUUCUGGACCUAUCUGUGGUGUACUACCUGUUUGAGAAUGAGAAACUUCAGCAAGCAUUCCAAGAGGAAACACUGAACAGGUUCAUGAGUUUGGGUCGUCCUAUCUGGCUGGAGGCACGCUCAAAACUGCAGAAUCUGCUCUCAGCUGGGAAUACAACACUGCAGAGCAACCCAGACCUCAGAAAAAAGAUAUUUGUUUCACAAUCAAAAGCAACAAUGCAUCUCCCAGUCCAAGUGGGAGACUACACUGACUUCUACUCUUCCAUCCACCAUGCCACCAACGUAGGCAUUAUGUUCCGUGACAAAAACAAUGCACUUUUUCCUAACUGGAAGCAUUUACCUGUAGCCUAUCAUGGCCGAGCAUCUUCUGUUGUCAUAACUGGGACUCCAAUCCGGCGACCUAACGGCCAGACGUGUCCGGUGGAAGGGGCUGCCCCAGUGUUUGGACCUAGCCGCCUCAUGGACUUUGAGCUGGAGGUGGCGUUCUUUGUGGGCGGGCCACCAUCUAAACUUGGAGAGCCUGUGCCUGUGAAAGAAGCACAUGAACACAUAUUUGGCAUGGUGCUCAUGAAUGACUGGAGUGCUCGUGACAUUCAGAAGUGGGAGUAUGUCCCACUUGGUCCAUUUCUUGCUAAAAAUGUUGGGACAUCCAUUUCUCCCUGGGUGGUAACAAUGGAGGCACUGGAACCAUUUACUGUUGAUAACUACAAGCAAGAUUUGACACCACUCCCAUAUCUGCAGCAUAGCGACCCAUACAACUUUGACAUCAAUCUGCAAGUGGACAUCAAACCGGAGAAGUCAAUUGCAAGUACAGUGUGUCGCUCUAACUUCAAAUACCUCUACUGGACACCAAAACAGCAACUAGCACAUCACACCGUCACUGGGUGUAACAUAAACCCAGGGGACAUGAUGGCUUCUGGAACCAUCAGCGGUGAGACUUCUGACUCAUUUGGAUCAAUGCUUGAGCUAUGCUGGAAAGGCACCAAGCCCAUUCAGCUUAAGGAUGGAAACACUCGCAAAUUCCUUCAGGACAAUGACGAAGUUAUAAUCACAGGUUACUGUCAAGGUGAUGGUUUCCGCGUGGGAUUUGGCUCGUGCACGGGGAAGGUACUGCCAGCAUUGCAGCUGUACUGAGAACUGACAAGAUUCUAUCAUGAUGGUAACAGGCUAUAAGGAUUUCUUUAUCGAUAAAUUGUGUGUGAGGAAUGAAAAUUAUGAGAACUGGUUAACAAAUCUUAGCAUCAAAUCCGUAUAAUCAAUUUAUAGUGUUUUCAUGGAAACCAAGCAUCAGAAGAUUACAGGCUCUUGUUGUUUGUGGCCUCAACCUUCAUCAAAACAUGCAAUAAUUUAGAGACCUAAUGACUGAGUAUCAGUUGAAACAUUGUCUGGAGGGAGAAAAAAAAAUAUCACAAUAGCAUAAAAUGCAUGUGAAAAAGUGUCCAUACAGUGAUGGUGCUUCAGUACAAACAUAAAAACCCAUAAACAUAAUUUGUGGGCAAAAUGCAAAGAUAGUGAAUGUUGAAGUAGGUGGUACAUUUAGUUACCACUAGGUUUAAAGGGUUAAAUGUUUGUAAAAGUGAUGAAUGAGCCUUCUGGUGAAUCAAAUUCCUUCCUUGAAUCUCUUAAACCAAACAAAUGUCUGUAUUGUCAUAACCUUGUCACAAUAAGCUAUUAUUUCAUAUAGGUGUCAGAAGUUUGGUAAGGAAUUUGAGAUAAUUUAUGUUCCAUAAGCCUGUGGCUUGGUUUUAACGUUUCUUCAUUAUUUUAUAUGGGCAGACAGAUUUUGAAGAAACUUCAUCUCAGUGUAAAAACAUUUGAUGCUGCAAGAUUUCUGUACUUUUAAAAUUCCAACUGUAAAUAAUAUCGACAUGGCAGCCUGCAAACUCCUUAGGUGAUGGGUAGGUAAUUCUUCGAAAGAUAUGACACUUGACGCAUUUUUGUAAAAUGUAAAAAGGUAUUUGACAUGGAAUCUAUAUUGAUCUUGCAGUUUAAGAGCUGUAACUAACAAACCACUGCAGCAUGGGAAAUUUUAUGUGUUAAUGCAUCAUAAACAUGCUGAAUGGAACAUUUUCUUAAUAUAAAAGUUUGAGGUUAUUAACUUUCAGGUAGUAAGAAUCUGCACUAGUAGAAAUGAGGCAUAGAAAUAACAGACAAACUUCAUAGAGCACAGUCCUUCUUGACAGGCUGUUUUUUAUGCAAUGAGAAGGCUGUUUACAAUGUUCACAAGAGCCUGCCACUGGUCCAUCUCCUGAGCUACAUUAAUAUAAUCCACAGUAUCCUAACCUCUUUCGUUAAUAUCCAUUUUAAUAUUAUCCUCUUACCUAUGCCUAGGCCUUCCAAAUGGUCACUACACUUCAGGUUUCCCAACCAAAAUUAUAUUUUUCUGUAUGCCUCAUAUUUCUAGAAAUAAUUACUAAUUGUUGAAUUAUUAAUUUCUAAUUUAUGUAUAGUUCUGUAUGUAGAUUUAAGGAUUUGAUGAAUAGUAGGCACAAUAGAUUCCUUCCAGCA